AUGCCUGACUCCAAGGAUACCAAGGGCAAGGCGCCCCAAGAUUCUACAUCUGAGGGCGACGCAGCUCCUAGCCCCAACCCUUCCAACAACAAUUCCAACGAUGCCACUCCCCUGGGAAAGAUCACCCCUCAGAUGGCGGAAACCCUUCUAGAAAACAACCCCGCUUUGAAGAAUGAGAUGGUCGGAAUGGACAGAGAAAAAGCGGCAGAGGCCUUGCGCAAGAUGGAUAUCGCCCAGCUGUUGACGGGUCUCUCCGUCACCGGAAAGAACCAGAAGGACAUUGCUUCGUACAAGUUCUGGCAGACGCAGCCGGUGCCUCAUUUCGAGGACACCAGUAGCGCCACCGGAGGUCCUAUCAAGAUGAUCGACCCGGAGAAGGUGUCCAAAGAACCGGAUCCGUUGAUUGAAGGGUUUGAAUGGACGACCCUUGAUCUGACGAACGAGACGGAGCUGCGGGAGCUGUGGGAUUUGCUGACGUACCAUUACGUGGAGGAUGACAAUGCAAUGUUCCGGUUCAGAUAUUCGGAAUCGUUUCUACAUUGGGCUCUAAUGUCCCCCGGUUGGCGGAAGGAAUGGCAUGUGGGUGUUCGCGCUACCAAGUCCCGGAAACUGGUCGCCUCCAUUUGCGGUGUGCCGACAGAAAUCCGUGUUCGUGACCAGAAGAUCAAGGUGACGGAGAUCAACUUCCUUUGCAUCCACAAGAAACUCCGGUCGAAGCGGUUGACCCCGGUUCUGAUCAAAGAGAUCACCCGUCGGUGCUAUCUGAAUGGAAUCUACCAGGCUAUCUAUACUGCUGGUGUGGUGUUGCCCACUCCGAUAAGCUCCUGCCGAUACUACCACCGUCCCCUGGACUGGUUGAAGCUUUACGAAGUGGGCUUUUCGCCCCUGCCUCACGGUUCCACAAAGGCCCGUCAGAUCACCAAAAAUCAUCUUCCCAGUAACACGUCCACCCCAGGUCUCCGGCCGAUGGAGCUGAAGGACGUCGAUGCCGUUCAUGAUCUGCUGGAGCGCUAUCUACGGCGCUUGGCCAUGAACCAAGCCUUCUCCCGAGAAGAAAUCAAGCACUGGUUGGUACAUAAAGAUAACGCGGACAAAGAGCAGGUGGUGUGGUCGUAUGUCGUUGAGGAUUCCGAGACACACAAGAUCACCGACUUUUUCUCCUUCUACAACCUAGAGUCCACCGUGAUCCAGCACCCAAAGCACCAGUGCGUGCGUGCGGCCUACCUGUAUUACUAUGCCACCGAGGCCGCGUUCACCGACGACCCUAAGAUUCUGAAGGAGCGGCUCCUGCUGUUGAUAAAUGAUGCGCUCAUUCUGGCCAAGAAGGCUCAAUUCGACGUGUUCAACGCACUCACCCUCCUGGACAACCCGCUGUUCCUGGAGCAGCUCAAAUUCGGCGCCGGUGACGGCCAGCUGCAUUUCUAUCUCUAUAAUUACCGGACUGCGCCAGUUCCCGGGGGAGUGAAUGAGAAGAAUUUGCCUGAUGAGAAAAGGACUGGAGGGGUUGGUAUUGUUAUGCUGUAG